ACAAUGCGCAGUUCGUUAUUAAAUGUCGGCCUGUCGCUAUCGACCAACCGUUACUGGGGAGCGAGCGUGAGGCUUGUUGUCCAGACACAGGAAGGAUGAAAAGAAAAGUGGUCAGGUUGAGUGGCCUUCGUCUUAGUCCAAAUGAAGAAGCACUUUUGAUAAAAGAAGAGCACGAGAGGAGGCGAAGAUUAAGAAUAAAACAGGUCCGAGAACAGGAGCGUUCUAUUGCUGUGCAGAUUCGAGAGGAAGUAAAGCAUCGUCGUAAUCAACAACUUGAACAACUGGCAAAUGAGUUGAAGGCUGAAUGGCAGAUGGCACAAGUGGAGAAAGCGAAGAGUCUAGAAAAGCUGUAUAUCUGUAGUUUAAAGGAAGUGGGUGAGGGGCAUAGACAAGCUAAAGAAAAUGAACCAGAUUUGAAAGCUCAAUCACAACAGGCAUCUAUCAACACAGAGAAAGCUGAGAAAAGGCACAGAGAAGCGCUAAGGGAGUUGAAGCAGCAAAGGGAUAAAGACCUCGAAGUCCAAAAUAGGUAUAUUAAAACUCGCAAAAAAGCUCUGCUCAUUGAGAAAAAAAGAGCUAUAAGGAUUGCACAUCUUCCACCGCCUCCACCAAACCCCUUUGCUGACCUUGAAGUUCAAAAAUAUCCAGCAGUGAAGAUGUAUGAUAGUGACGGCUUCUCUGUGACACACUACCAUCUGCCUGAGCCUUAUGUGGACAAAGAAAUUAACACAAAACAGGCUAGUGCUCGAAUGACUGCUGAAGUAGAAGCAAAGCGCUUGGAGGAAUUGCAGCAGGAAGCUGAGAUGGAGAGGCGGGAGCAGUUGGAGAAAGCUAGAUUGCGAGGCAGUCAUGCUCUCCAAAUGGUUCAUUUGAUACAGGAUAGAGAGAAACUGGUGAAGGAACUGGAACAAAUGCAGCAAGCUGAUCUGACACGUAGAAGGAAGGCUGUGGUUCAAAUGCCGCCCCAAUUGUUUGAGCCACCAUAUAGACGUGUGGAAGUAAAAGAGGAUCGACAGAGGGUGAUGGAAUUUGCCUUUGAAGAUAUGUAUGCUGGUGAUAAAAAGAUCAGAGGUGACCUGAUACUGCGACUCGAGCCUGAACCUUUACCAGCCCCAUCUGUUGGGACACAAGAUGAAGAUUUAGACCUUUCUGUGGAGCCAGAGGCAUUUCAAAAGGACGAGCAACAUGAUAAGGGUAGCCAGGGAGAGCCAGCGAUACUGCACUUGGGUAAAACCCAAGUUCCACAGUUGGUUGCAUCCAGUCAAACCUCUGGAAGCCUAUCUAAGGCUGCCUUAAAGAAACUAUUUACCAAGAUAAGGACACAAAGGGAACAUUGUACUUCAAAACCUGAACCAAAGGGUGUAAACAAAGAUAUGACCAUUGAGUCAGGUUCUAUCACCAGUGAAGAAAGUGAGCAAAGAAUUUUGACAAAAUCCACAGCCAACAACAAUGCAAGUGAAGGGAAUCAAGAAAUGCAGUCAGUGCUAUUUGAUGCAAAUAAACAGCAAAAUGAAGUUUCUGAAAGUACCAUAAUGGCCGGAAGUGCUACCUUAUGUCAUCCGAAGGAGCAAGCAAGUAGAAUUAGAUCUGACACAGACAGAAAGAAACAAUUGCAUGAAUUAGAACAGAAACAGCAACAAUUGGCUUUGAUCUGGCAAUCUGAACAGCAGAAACGGAAUCUAGAAGCCCAUUUGCAGAAAGCUCGGUUACUGCAGCAAGGAGAAGAAACUCAAAUGCAAGUGAGACUGAGUAGUGAUUUUGAAAAGCAGUCACAGCAGGAGCAUGGGAAAGGAGAUGACUGUUUGGGAUGUCGGGAGGAAAGGAAAAAUAACACUGUGAAUGAACAAGGUACUUGGAGACCUCAAACUGCAAAUAAGGAUAUAGGGCACCCAAAUGUGAAUACUGAGAUUGAGCAUUGCAAGCUUCUUGUAUCAAACAAGCUGGCGCCAGCAGAUGAACAUAUGCAUACAAUUCAUCAGUAUCAGCAGCAUCUUAUUGAACAAAACAGGUUGCAUAAAAAAUCAGUGGAAGAAAUCAGGAAGCAAUUAGAGGAGUAUCAGUUGAAAAAAGGAUGGUCUCCUGUUUCUACGAUAACAAAGCACUUAGCUGAGCAGCACUUGGUACCUCAGAUAAGCCAUUAUGAUAAAUGUGAUGGACCUGAACUCAAAGUUGAUACAUCUAUUAAUAAGCCUGAACUGACUUUUGUUCCUAGUGCUCAAUAUCCUGAUUUUAUGAAUCAAUCUAGAACUCUGAAUCAGAGGCAACCCAUGACGAUGCCAUUUGUUCACUUACAACUACCAGAAUUACCAUGCACGAACACUGGUCAAACACAAAUCAAUCCAGCGAUACAAGCACCAGGUCACACAAUUUGCUUACCCGAGAGUUCCAAAAAUGCCUCUAUCUUUUUACCAAGACACCGACUUUUUAAAAAUCAUAUUGUGUUGGAUUCAGCAUUGCUCAAAACUUCCCAGCAGCAUGCUGCCAUUGCUGAGAAUACAAUGGCACAGCAACAAAUAGCCAGAAUACCUGAAGAUGGAUUAAGUAGUUCUAAAGCCCCUGACUAUUUUAAUCAAAACCAGUCUGUUGUAUACAAUGUAAGCAAUAGUCCACGUGAUUCACCAAAAUCUGAAAGACAUGUAAUGCCCUACAGUGUACUUGAAGUGAAUGGUCCAGAAGUUUCAGAGCCUUGCAUUCGGACUUCAGCUAUAGUUGAGCCACAGCAAGGGCUGAAACAAGUAAGGUUAAUGGAGAUGUUGCUGGGUCAAUCAAAACCCCAAGGAGAACAGCUGGGAACAUCAGAAAUUUUAGGGGGAGCUUUGAAACACUCAAUGCUUUCCACAACUUUCACAAAGCAUACUGAAACUUUGAGGGAUCAAGAGAAGUUGUGUGCUUCACCAGUAGGUAUUUGGGUUCAACAAGAACAUUUGAAAGAAUUGCAGCAGCAGCUGUAUAGACAGAGGGAGGACCUUGCUGCAACACACAAGUUACAGGAGGAGUUCAUCCACAGGCAAAGCCAGCUCAAGGAACCGAUGCAACAACAGUGCAAUGCCCUGGAGAAGAAUUUUAUUGAAAAUCAGCCUGGACACUCGCUGCUGAAUAAAACAACAUCUGGAAGUGGAAAUGUUGAGCAAUUUGGUCCUCUUUCAUCUGUGCUGCGAACCUUGGAGGGCUUGAAUACUGGAUCAACUAAGGAGAAUCUCCAGUUAAAAAAUGAAGAUCAGCUCAGAAAUCUGGAGCCAGCAGCUCAAAUAAAUGGAGCAUUAAAUCCUUCAUGGUGCAAUGAUUCCAAAUCGAUUCAAGCUGGAAGUCGUUCCUCAGAAUCUCCAAAUAUUGAAGUUUUCACAAAAGAGGAUCAACUUUGGAGGCCUUCAAAGCCACCUGUAACCAAGACCAGGUUGGGACUUUUUGGACUAAUUGAACAGCACGAAUUAAGUGCAAUUCAAGAAGUGGAAUCUCCUAAGAGUGACAGACCGUCUAUGUUUGUUAACAGGAAUGCAUUUUCAAAAAACUGCUGUUGGUCAGAAGCCAGAGAGUUAAUGUCAAGUAGGGUGGAUUCAUCUUGUUUCUCUGAAAUAGACUUGUCCAGAGUAUCAACAAGCAGCAGCAGCCAGCAAAGUUCUGGUGUUGCAAGUAGCGCUGGAGAAUCCAUUCAAACGGGCAGAAUGACUUGGAGGGAGAAGCUGAAACUUGAGACUGGCAGUCUUUCAGGGCAAGGCUUCUCUACAGGCCCUUCAGUACCCAUUUCAAGUUUGCCAAGAUAUUCUGCUGAUGUUGGAAGAAUUAUGCUUGAGAACCCUGGCCUACCUUCAUCAACAUGUAGCACAACCAGCCAAGUACUUCCUUACUCUUGGUCCAGUAAUGCAUUUGGCUUUAAUGCUCAAAAAGCCCCCGAGGCAGAUCAAAUAUCUUCCACAACGCUGUCCACUGGGAGUUUGUCUUCAAGUGAACAAAUAGCUAUUGGUCCCAUCAGUUCAGCUUUAUUAACAGGUGAUAAUCCCUAUGCCAUUCAUGACAUUACUAGUGGACAGUGGACUGCUACAUCGUCUGAUAGUACAUCAAGUUCACUAUCUUCAUUUCCUGUAAACCAGGAUACAGCUGAGAGUCAAGACACAAAUCAUUGUUCCCCCAAGUUAGAGGAAUGUAUUCCUAUUGGAAGCAAAACUCAGCAGGUAAUAGAGAAGUAUACUAGAAAUCUAAAUCAAUUACUGGAUUCAAGUGGAAAGUACCAAGAGUCUACAACUGGUCAUAACAUUUCAGACCAAGGAGUCCCUAAUUUCCAUCUACAACUGCAGCCUUUCCAACAGGAUUCAGAUCCAGAAUUCCAGCCUUUGGAGUCCAGACCUGAUUUCAGCAUUUCAGAUUCUUCAUUAUCUCCUACUUCUAGCAAGAAUUCAAAUAUGCUUGAUACUGACAGCACCACGAAAGAUCAGCAUUCUAACCCAGCCGCAUGCUCAAAGAUCAAAUCCUUCACUGACAGCAUUGUAUCCACUCCUGACCAUGAAAGAACAGCUUACAGUAUAGAUCAAAAGGAAGAAUAUAUUCAGCAGGAUUAUAAUGUUGAAGACGAUGAGUUGAAAUAUUUUCAACAACUUCACCUAGAAAUUUCUCCAAGUAAGUGCAGUUUGGACACGGACAAUUCUGGCGUAAGUCUAACAUUUGACAGAACUUUAGAACAUGGAUUUAAUAAUGAAGCACCUUCAAUAAACAGUGAAUACCUUCCUCCACCUCACCUUAUUAGACCAGGAACUGUGGCUGCUGGUUCACGAACACUGGAAUCCGCAGACCAAUCAACUUGUUCUGACUUAGCAAACGAAAAUUUGCAAGGAGAUGAUAGAGAAACCUCACGGGAGCAUUUUGGUUCGGUCAUCCAGCGAAAUGCAACAUUGAGUUCAGUAGACAAUGGUGACCAUUACAUUUCUGAUCAAAAUGGAAGACAGCUGGAGGAUUGUGAGUGCAUAACUUCACAGGUCAUCACACUUACCAAGAAGAUAAAUUCGAAUGAGCUGAAUGAUCUACCUAUUGAACCCUUUAAGUUAAUGUUACCAGAGGAGCAGUAUUGCACUGGCAGUGAAGUGCAACAUGUUUCAGAGCAGAAUCACAUGAUGCAUUCUGAGCAGUUACCUCAUGCAAGAGAAGAAACUGCUGCUAUACUGGGAAAUGAACUUGAAUUUGAGGCUGAAGAGGAUCAGCCUCGAUCUUCAACCCUUGCAUCAAAAGUUUACACGUGGCAGAGUAUUAUGCCAGUGUGGGAGAUUGAGUCAGAUGUUGGGAUCCUGGAAGAACCUGAACUGACCCAGUUGACGUUGAAUGAUUCAACUUUAGUAGAUGAUGAAGUAGGACAGGAGUUUCCAAUUGAAAUUCUGACAACUAAAAAUGAACUGAAUGAAUUCCAAGCAUUUUCUCAGUCAAGUGGGUUGCAGCCAUCAAAGCCUAAUACCACAGAUCACAGAAUUUCUACCUUGCACAAUUUAACAGUUGCAAAUCACAAAGUAAAUAACGAAGAAUCUUCAUCUCAAAAAUGUCCAGCAGUUAUGAUAUUUGAGUUUGAAUCACCUGCUAAGGUUUUGAAUGAAGCAAUUCUGAAGAAAAAACAUAAAUUUCUUGCAAAUUCUGCAAAACGAGUGGAGGACAUGAAAAGAAAGGAAAAACCUGGAGUAGUGAACUCUAUUGAACUACACAAUAAAUCAUUGCCUUUAAAUCAAGAACAGACUUUGUUUGCAUCAUCGUCAGUAGCAGCCCAAUUGAAGAUGGUGGGGGAAGUGAAAGUCUCUACUCCCGAAGACAGAAAGGCUGUAGAAGUAGAGAUGCGACAAAGAACAUUUCGUCUCUACAGCCAGCUUGAUGAGGUGAAAAACAGGAAAAAGGAGGUGACCAGACAAAUAGUUUGUGCCAGAAAUCGUGAGAAAGCAAAAGAAUUCCAAAAGAAAACUUUGGAAAAACUAAGAGCUAAAAAAAUGCACCAGUGAUGCUGUACGAUCUACGAAUCAAUCAAGAACAGCCUACGACCUUAUCCACAUAAAUAUUUGUAUUAAUGUGUAAACUUCUCUGAGUGGUCUGUUGUUUAAUGCUAUUUUAUAAUAAAUAUCUUAUUUGUAAUUUUAUAUUUUAAGCUCCAUCCAAUGAAGAUAUCUGUAAAUGGUGAUUAGAAUUUUAGAUGGUUUCUCUUUUUUUGUAAAUUUUGUAUUAGUUUUAUUAUAUUAGUGAGAAUUUAUAAAAUAAAUUUCAUAUUUAUCCAUUUUAUAGGCUAAAGUAAUACAAUUUUUAUAAAAAUACUUAUCACUAUAUACAAAUUGGAAAAUUAGUUUCUUCAAUUGAAUCACUCAAUAAAUGUUAUCUUUUGUUCAAGUUUGUAUCUCAUCCACAAUAUUUUUAGUUUUGUACAUAGAAGCUUCUCCAUUGUACCAACUAUUGCUUAGCAUUCUGGUGUAAUAAUGCAAAUAGGAGAAAUCGUACCUAAUAUCAAAUACUACAUUGUGAAUUUGUACAGUGUGUCCAAACAUACUAAUUCUUAGAUAAUUUGCCACAAAUAAAACUAGCAUUUGUGCUGGAUUGCCUGA